CCCUCCGCUUCCCAUGCUUCCUCCUCCUCCUCCUUCUUCGUCGCAUUCUUCUCUUUGCCAGUGCUAAUCUUCUUCAGAUAUUCACUGCAAAUUAUAGUUUUCCGAUCUUAGCUUCGUCCCUGUCUGGAAGCUAACUCUCGCUCGAUCGGAGGUAGUUGCUUUCUUCUUACGUGCUCUGUUUGGGCGUCGUUAGAUCGACGCCUUUCUUCUCAUGAAUCCUCUCCGAGAGAUCUUAGCUUCCACCUCGACGGCCAAGUAGACCCGUCGAUUGUCCUGGCAUGGUUUUCCGUGGAUUUCACUGAUGGGUCUUGAUGGGUACCACCGAAAUGCGCGCCAUUGGCGUCGUUUUUGAGACGAAAUUCUAGCUGCAUUGCCUCUAUGCGUGAAAUCGAGCUCGAAUUUGUAGGAUUUCUGGCGUUGGAUUAGGGGCGGGGUCUCGUAGAGCGAUGAAGGGAAUACUUCCGCUUCAGUCGGGGAAAUCUCCCGCCGGAGGAGGUGCUGGCGCUGGCGGCCGAUUGUUUACGUUCGGGCUCGUCACUUCUUGGUACGCUUCCAAUAUCGGAGUCCUUCUGCUCAACAAGUACCUGCUUAGCAACUACGGGUUCCGAUUCCCGAUCUUUCUGACGAUGUGCCACAUGAUGGCAUGCUCGAUCCUGAGCUACGUGGCCAUUGCUUGGUUCAAGCUGGUGCCGAUGCAGAUGGUGCGGUCGCAGGUGCAGUUCAUGAAAAUCACUUCCCUUAGCGCCAUCUUCUGCGCUUCGGUUGUCAGCGGGAACGUCUCCCUCAAAUACCUCCCUGUUUCGUUUAAUCAGGCGGUUGGGGCGACCACCCCUUUCUUCACCGCUGUCUUCGCCUACAUCAUGACGUUAAAGCGAGAAGCCUGGCUGACGUAUGUGGCGUUGAUUCCGGUUGUCACCGGAGUCAUCAUAGCAAGUGGGGGAGAGCCGAGUUUUCAUUUAUUUGGAUUUAUAAUGUGCAUUGGCGCAACUGCUGCGAGGGCGUUAAAGUCAGUACUCCAAGGGAUUCUGCUGUCUUCUGAAGGGGAAAAGCUGAACUCAAUGAAUCUUCUUCUCUACAUGGCUCCCAUUGCUGUUGUGCUUUUGCUGCCUGCCACAUUGUACAUGGAGCCAAAUGUGCUGGGCUUCACCAUUGCACUCGCAAGGCGUGACAUCCGAGUUGUUUGGUAUUUGUCAUUCAAUUCAUCAUUGGCAUACUUUGUUAACUUGACCAACUUCUUGGUCACCAAACACACAAGUGCCUUGACUCUGCAGGUGCUAGGCAAUGCAAAAGGUGCAGUUGCUGUGGUGGUUUCUAUCUUGCUCUUCCGCAACCCUGUCUCUGUAACUGGCAUGCUUGGUUACGCUCUCACGGUUAUUGGUGUCAUUCUUUAUAGUGAAGCUAAAAAGGGGAGCAAGUGAAAAUCGCUACCUGAAGCAUCGGGUAGAAGCAUGUUUUGUAACUGCUUGUUUGAGCCAUCUGCAUGUCUCAGUUUGUAGAAUUUCACCAUAUUCUUUUAAUGGAAGCUGAAAAAGGGGCUUACAUCUGCAACAACCAGAAUAGUUAGAGCAUUUAUAGAUCUAAUGAAACUGAUAUUUCUUUUUUCUUUCUUAUGCCUUUCCUGUUUUGGUAUGGAGGAAGGGAAAAGUGUAUGUGAUGAGAAGAGGAACUGCUUAGUGUUCUUGUCCUUAAUUUGGUUACAAGUGUUCUUGUCUGUAAUUUGGUCACAAGAAAAACCUUCAAUUCCUUGGAAAGUUUGUCCUGUCUGUCCAUUAAACUUUAGAUUGACUUAGGGAACCCUUUGGAAAGAUGUUUUCCAUUGGGAAGAUUCUUUUUUAUUUCUUUUCUCGCAUGAGCUCUGCACAGGUUCUGUAAAAAGAAUUUGAAGUUGCAUUUUUGUAGUU